AUAUUUCCCCAACAGAGAGUAAUCUGAGAUAUUAUGCAUCAUAUAUAUAUAUAUACAAUUUUUUUGCAACAAGGUCUUGCUCUGUUGGCCAGACGCUGGCGUGCAGUGGCGCUACCAUAGCUCACUGCAGCCUCCAACUCCUGGGCUGAAGCUAUCCUCUUGCCUCAGCCUCUCAAGUAGCUGGGACUACAGGCAUGUACCACCAGGACUGGCAAUUUUCUUAAUUUUUAUUUUUCAUAGAGACAUCUCACUAUGUUGCCCAGGCUGGUCUCUAACUCCUGGGUGCAAGUGAUUCUCCUGCCUUGGCCUCCCAAAGUGCUGGGAUUACAGGCGUGAGCUGCCACGCCCAGACCAGUUUUUCCAUCUUGGACUCUCAGCUCCAAAUUCCCCCUUUUGGACUACUCUGUGAAAAUGGAUCUGGACCUUUAAAUAUUUUUUCCCGGGCUAGCUAGCACUGAAAUCUUGCCAGUAGAGGGUGAUAGAGAGACACUGGAGAAGGAAAAGAGGUUGACUUGCUUCUGGGUUCCAGGGUGCUCACUGGGUGGUUCCCCCAGUGCCCCACUCCUACAGGAACUGCAGCCAGCAGCACCCAGGAGACGGAACCUCCCUGCCCAGCCCGGCGCCCGCCAGCCCUGGUGCCGUUUCCCAGGAGACGGAACCUCCCUGCUCAGCCCGGCGCCCGCCAGCCCCGGUGCCGUUUUAUAGCAGCAUGCCUCUAGCAAUCAAGACACCUGGCACCUCGGAGGGCCGACUUCCAGAAGGAUUUGCCACAGGGCACCACAACAACUUCUCUGCCAUUCAGAGUCACAGCUGCACAGGUCUGGAUCUCCGCCUGGGGCCGGGGUGGGGGCUCUCUCAGUCCUGGGGCUGGUUCACUGGACUUUUCUUUCUUUGUUACUAGCCAGCCCCUCAUGGCUGUAAUCCCUUGCUCUAGUAAAUAAUUCUUUAUAUUGAAUUUUCUCUGUUCAAAUUACUAUGUGAUUUCUCUCUCCGGACUGGACUCAGACUGAUACAAGUAUGGACCCCCUAGAAGGAACAACAAAUGGAGCUGCCGUCUAUAUACACACGUCGAUUUAGGUCUCUGUCUCUGGCAACUGAAAAGAGACCCAACAAAACAUCUUACAGAGCACCAGGGCCGAUUCUUGAUGCGUCGUUAGAUUCUGUGUAGCCAGAAAGCAGAAACAGAAACAUAUCCAAGCCAGGCGGAGGAAAAACUUUGAGGCCUGUUUAUCCAGGUUCAAGACAAUUUCUAUUUAAAAAAAAAAAAAAAAGAAAAAAAGAAAGAAAAAAAAAAGCUCAUAACCGAAUAAGUUCAGAUUCUCCUGAGUGUCAGAGCUAAGAUCUAACGCCUCUGCUGGUUUCCAUGACAACCACCAGCAGCUACAAUCAUGCCGAACCAAGAACCAGAGGAUUCAGUAACUUUACCUUGAUUCUGUGGCCAGAUUAUUGCCAAUUUUAAAAGGAAAUGCAUAGUGAGCCCCUGUCUCUGUUGUGUCUUCAGUUGUCCCUUGAAAUGUGGAUAUCUUGACAAGAGGCCAGGGCCUAUCCUAUCUCAUCUCCCCGAGCUAGUGUCCUUCCCAGAUGAAUUUCUUCUGGCGCUGGCUCUGUGGCAGGCUCAUGUCGUUUUUUCCCCAAAGAAGAGAUUCCAGAGACGAGGCCUUCACUGAGAGCUUGCUCCUCUACCUCUGGGUCAAAGGCUGUGGGUUUCAGGGCUGGGACGGGAGACACAGAGAAUCUGUCUCUCGGGAAUGCCAAGUUGAGGUCCUAGCCUGGCUAGGAACUCUUGCAUUCCCCUUGCUUCGCUGUAGCCUCCCCUGGGAACAGAUCUUCCAGGAGGGUUGCACCGAGUGAUGACACUGUUGCAUGAGGCUCUGCAGUGCUUGGACACAGAACUGCACUGCGGCCUUCCAGAUGCUCAGCUGGAAAACCCCUGAGAACCUGAGGCUUUUCUACAGCACAUUAGAGCUUAUGACUGGAGAGUGUCUACCGCCUGAGGGCAGGGAUGAGAUUUUUACCUAUCCUAUUCACCUGUUUAGGUGCCCACUUCAUCCUAGACUCCCUUCUUUUCCCUCCCUUCCUCCCUCCCUUUCUCCCUCCCUCCCUCUUUCCCUUCCUCCCUCCCUUCCUUCCUCCCUCCCUCCCUUCCUCCCUUCCUUCCUCCCUCCCUUCCUCCCUCCCUCCCUUCCUCCCUCCCUUCCUUCCUCCCUCCCUUCCUUCCUCCCUUCCUCCCUUCCUUCCUCUCUCCCUUCCUCCCUUCCUCCUUUCCUCCCUGCCUUCCUUCCUCCCUCCCUCCCUUCCUCCCUUCCUACCUUCCUUCCUUCCUCCCUCCCUCCCUUCCUUCCUCCCUCCCUUCCUUCCUCCCUCCCUUCCUCCCUCUCUUCCUUCCUCCCUCCCUUCCUUCCUCCCUCUCUUCCUUCCUCCCUCCCUUCCUUCCUCCCUCCCUCCCUUCCUUCCUCCCUCCCUCCUUCCCUUCCUUCCUUCCUCCCUUCCUCCUUUCUUCCUCCCUCCCUUCCUUCCUCCCUUCCUCCCUUCCUUCCUUCCUCUCUCCCUUCCUCCCUUCCUCAUUUCCUCCCUCCCUUCCUUCCUCCCUCCCUUCCUUCCUUCCUCCCUCCCUUCCUCCCUUCCUUCCUCCCUUCCUUCCUCCCUUCCUCCCUCCCUCCCUUCCUCCCUCCCUCCUUCCCUUCCUUCCUUCCUCCCUUCCUCCUUCCUUCCUCCCUCCCUUCCUUCCUCCCUUCCUCCCUUCCUUCCUUCCUCUCUCCCUUCCUCCCUUCCUCAUUUCCUCCCUCCCUUCCUUCCUCCCUCCCUCCCUUCCUUCCUCCUUCCCUUCCUUCCUCCCUCCCUUCCUCCUUCCUUCCUCCCUCCCUUCCUUCCUCCCUUCCUCCUUCCUUCCUCCCUCCCUUCCUUCCUCCUUCCCUUCCUUCCUCCCUCCCUUCCUUCCUCCCUCCCUCCUUCCCUCCCUUCCUUCCUCCCUUCCUCCCUUCCUCCUUCCUUCCUCCCUCCCUUCCUUCCUCCUUCCCUUCCUCCCUCCCUUCCUUCCUUCCUCCCUCCCUUCCUCCCUUCCUUCCUCCCUUCCUUCCUCCCUUCCUUCCUCCCUUCCUUCCUCCUUCCCUUCCUCCCUCCCUUCCUUCCUUCCUCCCUCCCUUCCUCCCUUCCUUCCUCCCUUCCUUCCUCCCUUCCUUCCUCCCUCCCUUCCUCCCUCCCUUCCUCCAUUCCUCCCUUCCUUCCUUCCUCUCUCCCUUCCUCCCUUCCUCCUUUCCUCCCUCCCUUCCUUCCUCCCUCCCUCCCUUCCUUCCUCCUUCCCUUCCUUCCUCCCUCCCUUCCUCCUUCCUUCCUCCCUCCCUUCCUUCCUCCUUCCCUUCCUUCCUCCCUCCCUUCCUUCCUCCCUCCCUCCUUCCCUCCCUUCCUUCCUCCCUUCCUCCUUCCUUCCUCCCUCCCUUCCUUCCUCCCUCCCUUCCUCCCUCCCUUCCUUCCUCCCUUCCUUCCUCCCUUCCUUCCUCCCUUCCUUCCUCCCUCCCUUCCUCCCUCCCUUCCUCCCUUCCUCCCUUCCUUCCUUCCUCUCUCCCUUCCUCCCUUCCUCCUUUCCUCCCUCCCUUCCUUCCUCCCUCCCUCCUUCCCUUCCUUCCUUCCUCCUUCCUUCCUCCCUCCCUUCCUCCCUCCCUUCCUCCCUCUCUUCCUUCCUCCCUCUCUUCCUUCCUCCCUCUCUUCCUUCCUCCCUCCCUUCCUUCCUCCCUCCCUUCCUUCCUCCCUCCCUUCCUUCCUCCCUCCCUUUCUCCCUCUCUUCCUUCCUCCCUCCCUCCCUUCUUCCCUACCUUCCUCCCUCCCUCCCUUCCUCCCUCUCUUCCUUCCUCCCUCUCUUCCUUCCUCCCUCCCUUCCUUCCUCCCUCCCUCCCUUCCUCCCUCCAUCCUUCCCUUCCUUCCUCCCUUCCUCCUUCCUUCCUCCCUCCCUUCCUUCCUCCCUCCCUCCCUUCCUUCCUCCCUCCCUUCUUCCCUUCCUUCCUCCCUCCCUCCCUCCCUUCCUUCCUUCCUUCUCUUUCUUGCUUGCUUGUUUGCUUGCUUGCUUGCUUCAGGGUCUCACUCUGUCACUCAGAAUGGAGUACAAUGGUGCAAACACAGCUCACUGCAACCUCGGCCUCCUGGGCUCAGGUGAUCCUCCUACCUCAGCCUCCCAAGUAGCUGGGACUACAGGUGUGUGCCACCAACACUUGGCUAAUUUUUUCUAUAUUUUGUAGAGAUGAGGUCUCACUAUGUUGCCCAGCUGGUUUCAGACUCCUGGGCUCAAACAAUCCUUCCUCCUUGGCCUUCCAAAGUGUUAGAUUACAGGUGUGAGCCACCUUGCCCAGCCUUUGAUACACUUCUUGAUUGAAGGAAGAGAACCAACUUUUAUUGGGUACCUAUUAUGUGCCUGGUGCUUGCAUGCAUGUCAUUACUUUGGAGGCAGUAUUGCAGAGUGCUCACAGGCAAGAACUCCAGUAUCAGAAAGACCUGGACUUAAAUCUCAGUUCUCCCACUUACAGUACUAGCUGUGGAAACUUCACUUGUUACUUAACUUUCCUGAGCCUCAGUUUUCUCAUCUGUAAAGUGGGAAUAAUAAUAAAUCACCUCGUCAGGUUGUUAUGAAGAUUAAAUGAGAUCAUGUAUACAAAGCACACAGUAAACAUUCAAUAAAGUUAGCUAUUAUUAUUCCAGUUAUUAGCAGCCACAAGAUAUAGGACAUUGUUAUACAGGAAGUUUAAAUCUUGAAAAGGAAAAGUUCUAGAAUGUAUAAGCCUGAAUAUAGCACCUCCUCAAAUACUGUUUGGAUCAGUGAAAAUGCUAUUGCCCAUGGUGGCUCACACCUGUAAUCCCAGCACUUUGGGAGGCCGAGGUGAAAGGAUCACUUGAGGCCAGGAAUUGGAGACAAGUCUGGGCAAUACAGCAAGACCCUGCCCCUAGCAAAAAUUAAAAAAUUAGCCAGGUGCCAUGGUGCACACCCAUAGUCCUAGCUACUUGGGAGGUUGAGGUGGAAGUAUCACUUGAGCCUGGGAAGUCAAGGCUUCAGUGAGCUGUGAUCAUACCACUGCACUCCAGCGUGAGUGACAGAGCAAGACCCUGUCUCUAAAAGAAAACUAGAAAGUGCCAUAGUCUGAGUUGUUGUGGCAAGUCUGGGACUCCGAACGGAGGGACCGGCUGGAGCCGCAGCAGAGGAACAUGAAUUGUGAAGAUUUCAUGGACAUUUAUCAGUUCCCAAAUAAUACUUUUAUAAUUUCUUAUGCCUGCCUUUACUUUAAUCUCUUAAUCCUGUUAUCCUUGUAAGCUGAGGAUGUACAUCACCACAGGACCACUGUGAUAACUGUGUUAACUGUACAAAUUGAUUAUAAAACAUGUGUUUGAACAAAUAUGAAAUCAGUGCACCUUGAAAAAGAACAGAAUAACAGUGAUUUUUAGGGAACAAGGGAAGACAAUCAUAAGGUCUGACUGCCUGCAGCGUCGGGCAAAAAAGAGCCAUAUUUUUCUUCUUGCAAGUAGGAGAGAUAUCACUAAAUUCUUUUCCUAGCAAAGAAUAUUAACAUUAAUACCCUGGGAAAGGAACGCAUUCCUGGGGGGAGGUCUAUAAACGGCUGCUCUGGGAAUGUCUGCCUUAUGCGGUUGAGAAAAGGACUGAGAUAUACCCUGGUCUCCUGCAGUACCCUCAGGCUUAUUAGGGUGGGGAAAAACUCCGCCCUGGUAAAUUUGUGGUCAGACUGGUUCUCUGCUCUCGAAUCCUGUUUUCUGUUGUUUAAGAUGUUUAUCAAGACAAUACAUGAACCGCUGAAUAUAGACCCUUAACAGUAGUUCUGCUUUUGCCCUUUGCCUUGGGAUCUUUGUUGGACCCUUAUCAGUAGUUCUGCUUUGCCUUUUGUCCUGUUCCCUCAGAAGCAUGUGAUCUUUGUUCUGCUUUUUGCCCUUUGAAGCAUGUGAUCUUUGUACCUACUCUCUGUUCUUACACCCCUUCCCCUUUUGAAACCCUUAAUAAAAAACUUGCUGGUUUGAGGCUGAGGUGGGCAUCACAGUCCUACCGAUAUGUGAUAUCACCCCCAGCGGCCCAGCUAUAAAAUUCC